GUCGGAUGGCCAAUCAGCAACUCGAGUGAGCACGCCCAACUAACCUGGCAUGGUGGCAGUUUUGUGUCGCUGUGGCUCAAGUGUCAACUUUGCAGGAGUGAAGCAGAAGUCCUGUGCAGCCUGUAGAUUGUCGACGAGCGAGCAGUAAGGAGAUUGUUACAACAUCAGACAUUUGAUGAGCACAUUUGCCAUGCCAGUGACAUCCCAGUUGUUUGCUGUCCUUCGAAAUGGAGAAAUCAGUAAGAUCUGCAGCUCUGCCUUCCAACCGCAAAACAGACAUCUCUGUAGAAAAACAGUAAUACUAAGAGUGAAUAAAUUUCACCGUCGAUUCUUUCAGACAGCUAACUCAGUAAUCUGUGAGCCUAAACAACUGACAAAGAGGAGUCCUGCAUUGCAAGUUCCCAGCAGGAAAUACCGAGCUGGUUCUCAGCUAUUUUACAACCUGACACCCCCUCAAGUUAACAGUAUCUUGAAAGCAAAUGAAUACAGUUUUAAAGUUCCUGAAUUUGAUGGCAAAAAUGUAAGCUCGGUUUUGGGCUUUGAUAGCAAUCAGCUUCCUGCCAAUGCUCCCAUUGAAGACAGGAGAAGUGUCGCUACCUGCUUACAGACUCGUGGAAUGCUACUAGGUGUAUUUGAUGGCCAUGCUGGAUGUGCCUCUGCUCAGGCAGUUAGUGAAAGGCUUUUUUACUAUAUUGCAGUUUCGUUACUGCCACAAGAAACUUUGAUUGAGAUUGAAAAUGCAGUGGAAAGUGGACGUGCAGUGUUACCAAUCUUACAGUGGCAUAAACACCCCAAUGAUUAUUUUAGCAAGGAGGCCUCUAGAUUGUAUUUUAAUAGUCUAAGAACAUACUGGCAAGAACUCCUUGAUCUAAACAGUGGAGAAAAUCCAGAUACUAAAGAGGCUCUGGUUAAUGCUUUUAAAAGACUGGAUAAUGAUCUCUCACUAGAAGCACAAGUUGGUGAUCCAAAUUCUUUCCUGAAUUACUGGGUACUCAGAGUGGCAUUUUCUGGAGCAACUGCUUGUGUUGCGCAUGUUGAUGGUGUAGAUCUACAUGUUGCUAACACAGGAGAUGGCAGGGCUGUACUUGGUGUCCAGGAAGAAGAUGGUUCUUGGGCUGCGAUGACCUUAUCCAAUGAUCAUAAUGCCCAAAAUGAAAAUGAAGUAAAGAGGAUACGAUCUGAGCAUCCUAAAAAUGAGGAAAAGACCGUCAUCAAGCAAGAUCGGUUACUUGGUUUGCUGAUGCCCUUUCGGGCAUUUGGAGAUGUUAAAUUCAAAUGGAGUAUUGAGCUACAGAAACGUGUGCUGGAGUCGGGACCAGAUCAGUUGAAUGAAAAUGAGUACACAAAGUUUAUCCCUCCAAAUUAUCAUACUCCUCCCUAUCUCACAGCUAAGCCUGAGGUAAUUUAUCACAAGUUAAGGCCACAAGACAAAUUUCUGGUCUUGGGAACUGAUGGACUCUGGGAGACCAUGCACAGACAAGAAGUUGUAAGGAUUGUUGGAGAAUAUCUGACCGGUGUUCAUCAACAACAGCCUAUAACUGUUGGAGGCUAUAGGGUUACCCUUGGACAAAUGCAAGGUUUACUGAUGGAGAGAAGAGCUAGAUUUUCAUCUGUGUUUGAGGAUCAGAAUGCUGCAACACAUCUCAUAAGACAUGCAGUUGGAAACAAUGAAUUUGGAGUGGUGGAUCAUGAACGUCUUUCUAAAAUGUUGAGUUUGCCAGAAGAGCUUGCUCGCAUGUAUAGGGAUGACAUCACUGUCAUAGUCGUACAGUUUAAUUCACAUGUGAUUGGUGCACAAAAUAAACCAGGAGAGGAUGUUUAAGCACAAGUGUGAAUAUUCAGUUGAUCAAAGAUGAGGUUUGUGUGUGUGUGUGUGUGUUUGUGUGUGUAUAUGUUUGUUUUGUCCUUUAUUCUUGAAAAUUUAUCAUUUACUGGCUUCUAAAAUAUUUGUGAAAGUACUUUGUCUGAUCCUUGUGUUGAAAGUCACUUAUGGGUGAUAAAUGUAACAUUAUUGUUUGAAAAAAUUUUUCUGAAACCUAAAGAAAUUGAGACACAGUUAGUUUAAAAAAAUUAAUUAUUGAAGUCACCCCAGGUUUUAGGCAAGCAGUGUAUUUUUCAAUCCAAGAUUCAUCAAAAAUGUCAUGUUAUACUUGACAUUCUAUACAAAGAAAAUCCCAUACCAGUUCCAUUUUUUAUAUAGUUAUGAAAUGAACACUGUCAUGGAUAAUAUAUUUCCUUAUAAAUUUCUUGUGUAUCAUUGGACACAAAAUAUAAAAUUAUAUUAACUCUCUUCAUGCCCUGCAAACAUCUUGUAACUCGGAACAGUUUGAUUGGUUUCACACACUGUGUAUAAUGCAACUUGCAGCAUGUUUCAGUAUAAUGUAGGCUCCAUAUGCACCAUUUUGUAUAAAGUAUUUUAUCCUCCCUUCAAAAUGCUACCAAAUUAAAUGAGGCUACAUGACCACAUUUGUUCAGCAGCCUGUGUUUUGCUUCUGUACUCUUGUUUCAUACUGUAAAAUAUUUUACAAAACCUUUAUUUCACUAGUUAUAAAAUCUGUAGAAAUAUGAUGGUUACCUUUCAGUAUUCAUUUUCUUUGUUGUUAUGUCAUCAGUGUACAUCAUUUUUAUUGGAGCAAAGAAUUAGAUAUUUAAUUUUACUUCUUAAACAUUUAUUUUGUUUCUUUUUAUUUGUUUUUUUUUGUUUACAGUCUCCAUGUGAUGUCAGGUGUUUUUUGCACAUCAGAUUUCUUUUAUGAUGUAAGGGAUAUCUAGAAUUGCAGUAGGAAAGUGUAUUUCUUUUGGCACAGUAGUUUUCUUUUUCUGUGCACAUCAGGUGAGAUUACUGUUAAAGUGGUAAAUGGUUUCACCAGCUUACUUAUCAUAUAUAAAAAUGUUUCAAGAUAAAAAUUUGACUUGCACUAUAGAUUUAGGAGUUUAAAUAGUAAUAAACCAAGUCCUUGGAAUUUGCUUGUAAUCAGAUGUAUUUUUUUAAGUCACAUUCUUUUUUGCACAUUUUUGUGAAAGAAUCAUUGAAAACAUUUGAAUACCCCAAAAGAAAACAAAAAAAUGUUUGGAUUAUUAUCAGCAAUUUAUUAAUGUGGAUUUAAUAGUAAUAUAAAACCUUUGUGUGAGUUUAUUAAGGGUACAACUCAUUUUAGCCUUUUGUCUUCUCAAGUGUGUUUUCAAAUUAAAAUGAAGUUUCAUACUGCACUAUUGACCUUUGGAAGUCAGUUUUAUAUAUCAGGCUUAUUUUUAUUUUUUAUUUUUUUUUAAGGCUAUUUAUUUUAAGGCAGUAGAAUAUACUUUAAACAUUUUAAUGUUGCUUUUCACAAAAGAAACGUGCUGCUCUUUUAAAUUACUAAACUUAAUCUUAAGUUCUCAGCAUUAAAGCAAGAGGUGAAUUUGAAAUGGUUAUUUUUCUUAUUUUACUAUUAUCAGUAAAAAAUUUUGAUAAUCUGUCUGAUUUCAAGAAUACAAUAAAGAAAUACAUCUAAUCUCUCUCUCAUAUAUAAUAUAUACAUUUUGAUGGAAACAUUGUUGCAGGGGCUAAGCCAACAACUGCCUCUUUGUAUAAAUAUUAGAAUUUUACCUCUAACACAGCUACAUUUAUUAAUUGUUUUACUCAGAUUUGUUAAUAAAAGAACAAUUUUAAGUGGCAGUUUUACAUUUAGACUUAUAUAUUAAUUUUGUUUUGUUAUAACAGUCCUUUUCAUAUUACAUUGAAUAUAUUGGAGUGAGAGUAUGAAUGUUAUUACGUUAUGCACGUGCCUUUUAAAUAGCUUUGUUGUUUUUGUCGGCCAGGAUUGUUUACUGGUCACUUUUGUAGAUGUGUAAUUACUAUAGUUAGUGUGAGAACAGCAUUUGCUUACUCUGGUGUAGCUUCAGUAUCUGAGUUUAUAAUAUAAAUCAAGGUUUUUGCCUUGGUAUCAAAUGCCAUGGACAUUAUAUAGUUAAGAGAUUUGGAAAUAUAGUAGCUGGUAGCCCUUGCAAUGCAUAUGUGAUUUAGAGGUCAGUUUAUUUUGAGGUAAGUAUUAGCUGUAGUCCAAAUGGAAUGUAAUUUCUCACAUACAGUUUAUAUUCUUACCUUCUUUCUAUCUACAUCAAGUUAAAGCAGCUGCCUCCCAUUACAGUCCCACAAACUUGACACUUGGUGUCUUCAGUGAUGAUGAUAAAGAGAAUGAGUUAGUGUCAGGGAUUGUAAUAAUGCAGUAUUUUGUAAAAUUGUACUGACCAAAUGAGCAAAAAAAAUCUUGCAUAUGUUGUGUUAAUUGUGAUAAUGUGUAUGUCCAUUUUAAGAUUUUUAUGUUGCAUUUGUAUGUUAUUGUUUACUAGCCUUUGUGAUGUUUCUGCAUGCCAAAAAAUUCAUAUUGUUAAAGAUUUUGUUUAUUACUUGUGGUCCUGGCUAUGAGAGCACCCCACCCAAACAUGAUAUAAUUCUGCAUUUUUCACAUGUUAUGGAACAUCAUUGUUUGCAUUUCUUGCAUUAUUUUUCUGAAAAAUACACUUCUCUUAGAGUUGGCUAAAUACUCCUGCGCCCCAGGGGUUUUUGCAGGAGAACAGGAAUGUCCAGAAUUCCCACUUUUGUAAAAAUGUUCUUUGGUUGAAAACAUGUUUGUUAUUCAGAAACUAAAAUAUGUGAAGGCCCUUGUCAUAUUUUGCUACUUUGGCCUGUCUUCAGUUCUGUUUCCAUAUAGUAGUGUUCCAUAUCUACAUAUUCACUUCUAAAAUAAUUAUUUUAUCUUGUGUUUAUUUUCUUCCUCAGUAUGUUUUUUUUUAUUUGUUUAUACAAUAUCAUCCCUGUAAAAACAUAUUUGUGAAAGUACCAUAAAUUCAAACAGAUACCUUUUCUUACUAAUGUAAUUAUGAUUGUUAAUGUGUUAAAGGAUUAUUUCAUAACAGUGAAUGUUAAACCAUACUGUAAGCCAUGCUUUGGGCCAGCCGUGGUGAUAAGCUGUGUUACAGAAUAUAAAUGUACAGUAUAACGCCACUGGGCUAAUGAUUAAAAGAUUUAAUGUGCCUCUAUCUGGUUUAGUCCACCCGCUGAGUGAAAGCUAUGCAUUUUUAUUGAUUUUUUUGUU